AGACAAGUGACACUGACAUCUAAUUGAAAAUAAAGAAUAUUUAUAAAACAAAAUUUAAUUAUUUCUACAAAACUAUGGGAGGCGGAGGACACGGCCACGGGGACCCCUACAAAAUCCCCGAUUAUAAAAUAUACAAAGUCGAAGACGUCCCUCGACUUAUGCAGAUAAAAAGGGCGCUCGCCGCCCAAGGCCUGAGCGAUCCUUGGCUGCGGAACGAAGUGUGGAGGUACAACACCAAAGAAUUCUCAACGCACCAUGAUAUGCUUAAAAAAUUGAUGUUCAGAGGAUUCAAACUCGGCCUUGCAGCCACCGUUGUUACCGUUUUAGGCACAGCCAUUUACGAUAAAAUAUUUCCCGAUGAGCACCAUCAUCACGGGGAUCACUAACCGAUUUUCUGUUGUUGAUAUAGGAAUAUAGUAAAUUUUAAUUUUAAAUAAAUUAUAAAUUGUAUUAGUUGAAAUGGCCUAAUUUUACAAGUAUUUCCUCCUUUAUGUCUCAAGUUGAGUCUUUCGUUAGCAUUCAACGCUUCUUUUUAACGCUAAUCAAUCGUUUAAAGAGUCCCUUUAAUGUAAAGA